UUGUCACAUAGACAGAACGUAUAUAAACCUGUUGAUAGCCGUGAACGAGAUGUUGGAGCAAUGUUAUAUUGUCGUCGCUGAAAAUGAGUAAGAGACCCUGGAACAAUAAAGAAGAUGUCCCGAUAUCUAAGAAAAAAUUGGUUAGUCCAAGUUCUGAGAAAUCCCCCGUGAAAGUACCGUGGAAUUCCAUCGGUGUGUGGCGUUUCGGAGAGAACGAUUUGUUCGUGACAGUCCUAAAGUCUUGGAGUGUUUCAAAAUGCAUCGAAAAUGUUCGAAGGGAACUAAAAGAAAAUGGCGACAAUGGCGUUUUUCAACUUGACCUUUGGGUAAAAAACAGGAGCAUCAUGUUAGAUGACCAGAAAUCACUCUCAGACUAUCCCGGACUGACAAAGUUGUAUGUAGUUCGAAGACCUAAAUUUAGAAACGCACCUCUAAGAUUCCAAACGUCGGACAAUGACGUCACGGAUCCUUUCAGUGACGACACUUGUGUUCGGAUGGAAUGUGGUCAUGCGAUAUCACCUGAGAACCUCUAUACAUAUGCUUGGAAUAAAAUAACAAAUGGCGAACUUGAGGUCACGUGCCCUGCCAUACCGGACGACAAUAGACCGAGUGAGCAAUGCGCCAAACUUUGGACGUUCAAGAGCAUUUGUUCGCGCGCCUGUCUGUCAUGUGACGAGACAAAUCUGUUCCUCACAAAAUUGUUUUUGAAUUGGCAAGAUAAGAACAAAAAUGUAUAUUUGUGUCCGAAAUGUGAUGAAGCCCAACAAGACACAUGUGAGAGGAGUGUGGUAAAGUGUCGUUAUUGUAAAUAUUCAUUCUGUGUUAGAUGUUUAGGAUCUGUUGGCGUCAUGUUUAAAACUUGUCAAAAUUCAGAAUGUAAACAAAGUAUCCCGAAAGUUAAACAGCUUCUCGUUAAUUGUUCAAUGCGAACACUUGUUGGUGUUCCGAACUGCCCUUCCGUUCGCGCAUGCCCAGUGUGUAACUGUGUCAUUGAAUACGACGAGGUCGAAAGUUGUAAACACAUGACUUGUCCGCGGAAAUUUUGUCAAACAAAAUUCUGUUUUAUUUGUCUGAAGGUGAAGACGGACAAGUAUUAUUGGCCGUGUGGGGGCGCAUUCGACCCGUGUACUCCUGCAGAGAUUCAAAUAAUUGAAGACACAUCUCAAGAAAAUUAA